UAAAAGCAGCCACAGCACAACUCCUGAACUGCUCCUGUUCCUUAGUUAUACAGAAAAGCAGAAAAAUCUUCUUUCAAGCACAACUUUAACCCCAGCUGUUGCUGCAAAACUCCUUCAGGUUUCUCCGGAGUUUAUCAGAUUCUUCUGCCUAAUCCUUCUUUGGAUCCUGGCUGCAGCCAGAAGGAAUCGGGACCAUCCUAUGGAAAACAGAGUUGGAAGUACACAGGGAGCAGAGGCCUGAGCAGCCCGGGUUUCCAUGUGCACUGACUCCCAGGAUGGGCUGGAUCCGGCACGCGCUGUUUCUUCUCCCGUUCCUCAUCCUUUCAGGAAAUUGGGUUUCAGCUGAGAACAUCAACUUCCACAACGUCAGGCUUCCACUGGACCCCACUCCAUUCCCAAACAGUUUCAAGUGCUUCACCUGUGACAACGCAGUGGACAACUACAACUGCAACAGAUGGGCUGAGGAUAGGUGGUGUCCUGAGAGCACCCGGUACUGCCUGACAGCUCACCUCUUCACAGCCCACGGCCAGAGCACCUCGGUCACCAAGAAAUGUGCCACCGGCGAGGAGUGUCACCUGGUGGGGUGCCACCGCCGCGGGGACAGCGGCCACACGGAGUGUGUUUCCUGCUGUGAGGGCAUGAUCUGCAACGUGGAGAUCCCCACCAACGCCACCAACGCCGUGUUUGCUGUGCUGCAGGCCCGCAGGACGGCCGGGGGCGGCCGCGGCGCGCCCAGCCUGGCGCUGCUGGUGACAGCGGUGACAGCGGUGACAACGGCGCUGUCCUGACACAGCACCCUCCGGCAGAGCUGCUGGGACACACCCCGGGCCAGGAACCUCCAGGAUCUCCAGGGAGAAGUCACUGACGUCCCUCAGUUACGGCGAAUUUCAGGAGAGGCGCGUCGGGAACUCCUCGGAUGUUUUAGCGGGAAUCCUUCCCCGCAGUGUUGAAAAUAAACCCCACAGAACCCCCCCGGAGGUGGGGCAGAGGGCUGGACUCAAGUUUAAUUCCCUGUUUUCUGAGGAAAAGCCACAUUUUCUUGGGUUUUUUUUUUGGACAGAACUGUGACAAUCGCGAUCAAAAGGAUGGAUCCAUUUGGAUGGAGGAUGUGGAAAGGUGGAAAUCGGAUUUCUGCCUUUUCUGUGCAUAAACAACACAGAGGUUCUUGUCUUUCCAGGGUGUGUUUGAGCUUGUCCUGAUUUCACAGAGAACACCUCUGGUUUGCACAGAGAACAAAUGUGAGGUUGGGUUUUCUCUGCUUGAUCAGAGCUCUCAUUCUCCUUGGCAAUAAUACAAAAUCAAAUCUUUUCUUUCUGUGAAAUGUCUCAUCCUCCCAUUCUAAAGCUGUGGGAAAUGUAGAAUUCCUAAAAAUCCUGUUGGAGCACCUAGAGCAGAACUCCUGAUCUCCCAAGCCAAAGGGAUUAUUUCCUUGCAAUUGAAUCUCACCUCAGAAUAUCAUAAAAAUAAAAAAUUUUGUGAUAUUGGGGUAUCACGACUUUGAAAUCAUAGCUAUGGUCAAGCAGCCUCAUUAUCCUAAAAAUUCCAAGUGGGCACUUGUCUAUCUCAGUUUGGCUUCACAGACGUUGUAAUUCAAAUAUAUUCAACUUUUCAUUGCCUAAAUUCACCCCAAAACUUUGGGAAUGACUUUUCUGUAAAUCCAUACAUUUUUGAACCUGAGUAUAAUUCAGAAACAAUGCAAAUCCAUCCAUUUGUGCAGUUAAAUGUAUUUUUUAUGAUAUAUAUAUGUGUGUGUGAUAUGAUUUUUAUUUACGUUGCACUGGACAGCCUAAAGAAAGUUUAUUUUUAAAACUUGGUAAAUUCUUCAUUAUUCAGUGUUUGGAUGUUUUCUUAUUGCUGUGUAACUGCUUUAAAUCUUCUCCAGAAAUGGCACUUUUAAUAAAAAAUAUUGAAUUAUU